UAUCAACCCUCUCCCCCCUCCCGCCCUCCCUUUCAUUUCCAUUCUCCUUCUUCCUGCUCGCCUUCACUCUCCUCCUCUCCGCGGCCGGAGAAAUGUCCGCCAGGCCGGGAUUCUACCGGCAGGAGCUGAACAAGACUGUGUGGGAGGUUCCGGAGCGGUACCAGAACCUGACGCCGGUGGGCUCCGGAGCUUACGGCUCUGUGUGCUCGGCGUACGAUGUCGUCUUGCGGCAGAAGGUCGCGGUGAAGAAGCUGUCCAGGCCUUUUCAGUCCCUCAUCCACAGCCGCCGCUCGUACCGGGAACUCAGGCUACUCAGGCACAUGAAACACGAGAACGUAAUAGGACUGCUGGACGUCUUCACGCCUGCCGCAGCGUUGGAGGACUUCAAAGAACUGUACCUGGUGACCAACCUGAUGGGCGCGGACCUCAACAACAUUGUUAAAUUUCAGAGGUUGUCAGACGAGCAUGUGCAGUUCUUAAUUUACCAGCUUCUACGCGGCCUCAAGUACAUCCAUUCGGCAGGAUUGAUUCACAGAGACCUCAAACCAAGUAAUGUGGCAGUAAAUGAGGACUGUGAGCUGAGGAUCCUUGACUUUGGAUUGGCCAGGCAGACGGAUGACGAGAUGACGGGGUAUGUGGCGACUCGCUGGUAUCGAGCGCCGGAGAUCAUGCUGAAUUGGAUGCACUACAAUCAGAACGUUGAUAUUUGGUCCGUGGGAUGCAUUAUGGGAGAGCUGCUGAAAGGAAAAGUCCUUUUUCCUGGCACUGACUAUAUUGACCAGCUGAAGAGAAUCAUGGAGGUGGUUGGCACUCCGACACCCGACCUGCUGAAGAAGAUCUGCUCUGAACAUGCACAGAAGUACAUCCAGUCUCUGCCCUUCAUGCCCCAGCAGGACCUGGAGAAGAUCUUCAGAGGAGCGAACCCACUGGCUGUCCAUCUACUGAAGCGCAUGCUGGUUCUAGACUGCGAUGGGAGGAUCUCCGCCAACGAGGCUCUGUCCCACCCUUACUUCUCCCAGUACCACGACCCAGACGACGAGCCCGUGGCCCCGCCUUACGACCAGACGCUGGAGAGCAAAGACCGAACUCUAGAAGAAUGGAAAGAGUUGGUAUUUGAAGAGGUGAACUGCGUCAAAACAUCCGGCAACAAGACCGAUAGCCUUCAGGCGGAGCAGUGAGCCUCUUUCAGGUGCGCCUCAACCCUUCCCCUCCAAAAGGACCAAGCGCUCAAUGACCGGGAGGAGGAAGAGAACUCUGCAUUCCCUCUUGCACAUCGUAACCUCCCGCGAGCAUUUUACAUAGACGGAACUUUCCAGUUCAGAAGUUGCUUCCUUUUAUGUUUCCGCUCGGCACGAUUAAAACAAGGAACCAUUGAACGUCAGGGAUUGCAGAGGUUAUGGUGAUUCAUGCGUGCAGGCAACUUCGGGGAACUGAACUGUGUUUACAGACCGGUAGAAAGGAAUCAAAGAAAAAAUAAAACCAACGCACACUAGGAUUUCCAAAGCAAUGACAUCUGGUCCCUCGUGAAUGACGAAUGUCGUUUGUCACAGGAGCAGCUUAGCAUUUAACCAUCAUACUACUGCAUGAUUUUUGACCAUUUUAUUAUUUGAAAAUAUUACCGGUAUUGUAUUGCAUUACUAUUAAGACUGCUUGUUGCAAAUGCCACACUGCUUUAAACGCAGCCUGUGGGUCAGAGAGACAUUACCAGGAAAUGUGACCAAAUUUCAAUCUGUUUUAUCUUCAUAAUUAAAGCACGAAAAGAAAAAAAAAAGAUAUAGCAAUGAAAAACAACAGUUCUUCCUCAGUCAUCCUCUACUAGAGUAGUAAACACCAACUGUGCUAUUAAUUACUACGGUAAUUAAUACAUGCUGGAGCAGCAUGACUGUGAUGCAAGUCUGUGUUUACAGUGACUGAUAUCUGGUCACCUGUUGGCUUUGGCAGCGGCCCAUCAGGUUCCUAUAGUUCUCUGUCGCGUCUUAUGCAGCCCCGGUUUGUGUUUACGAUGGUAAAGUUUUACAGGCAUUUUGUCAGCUGUUGUAAACCAUGAUGGAUAAUAAUACAUUUCCCAGCUCCAUGCAAGUAAUGACUGGUCUAACACUCCCAUGAAGUCUCUGUGUUUCCUCAUCUUUGUUUUGAUGAGUGUGCACAUUCAUUAUAGACCAUAGUAUAAAAGCACCGGGGAUGUUAUUUACCUCACUUGUGGGUAUUUCAGUAACAGUGAACUGCGGUAACGUUUGUAGGAGCAGCAUGCGCUCAAUGCCUAUCCAGAUUAUCACAACGAAUGGCUCGCUUCCCCACUGACAUUGUGUCACUGCUCUUGCGGCAGACGGAAUGUCAGUGAAAAUGUUAAGAGAAAACAAGAGGACAAAGCUGUUGUUAUGAAAUGUAGAACAGAAUGAAAACAAAUGAAGAAAUACAUCUGCCAAGCAGAUAUAGGUUUUAUAGAAUCUGAUCAUCUGAGGACAAGCAGACCUUUAGGUUAAAGAGCUGCAAAUCUUCUGUGAUUGUAAUCUAUGGUAGCUGAAAUACUUUGACACAUAACACAUGGUUUACGAUCAAGCCCAGAUUAGGUUUUACUUCACUGCAGAUAUAAGAUGAAAAAUGGAAUAAAAAGAAAACCUAUACCAAGUUUUAUGUGUUCCUUUGCGCAAGUUUAACUUUUUGUUCUAUGGCUCAUCGCACUCAAAUCGCAGCAAACCAGUGAGAUUAUUUCUGCCUAAAAGAAACAACCAAAAUAUAUUUUUGAAGAACAAAAAAAUCCCCUCUUUUUUCCUGUAAUGGUUCAUACUGGAGUGCUACAUGUAGCUUUUUGUGCAAAUCGUUGAUUGAACUGAAAGCAAAAUGUUUACAGUCAAAGUGAAUAAAACCUUCCUGUCAUGUCAGCGUGUUAGAGCUCUGAAUGUUAAAGUGUUGUAUGCUUAUGUGGAUGUUAUAUAUGGGGUUGAUUUGAAUAGCAAACUGCAAAUGGAAUGUAUACCUGUAUACCUGCAGCCUGUGUAAGUUACGAGUUAGGUGUGUCAUCUGAAUACAUGGUGGCAUGUGAUUCACCGGCAGCCAUGAGUUUCAAAUCACUAAGCUUCAUUUCAAAAGUCACUUUUCAACCGAUUUUUUUUAAUUCAUCAUCAACGGGUAACAUGCUUUGGCAAGUACACAACGGAAUAAACAGUUCUGUUAACUCUU